GUAUUAACCUUUGACUCACUUCGCUCGUCUUAGGAAGUCUCCAAGAUCCUUUUCGAAUAAUGAAUAAGUAAACCUACCUCGAUUCUAGAAUCCCUGUAUCUUAUCCAAGCGCCAGAAACUGUUGGAAAGGAACUACAAUCUACCCAACUCUCAAACGCACAACCCGAUCCUUUCCAAAACCAAAUUCAAAUGCCACACACACCCACCUACCUAAAUAAACCCCAAACAAAUCCCCAAUCCCCAUCAUGAAACCAUUCCUCCAUCCUCUGCUCUCCUAUCCUAUUCUCAUCACCCUCAUCCUCUCCCACCACCCACCAAUCCCUCAAAAUCCCAUCUCAAAAUCCUAUGUUAACCUAAAAUACUCGCAACAAACCAAACCCCCCAAAAAAAUCCACCGAAGCAACCCCAACCAGAAAGACAGGGGCAUAGGCUCAAAUCCCCCUUCCCAUCCCAUCUAUACCCUGCCAAACGAACCUACAUACAUACCUAGGUACAUACAUACAUACAGGAGCAUGCAAGGAACACGCGUCCCGCUCCGUCUUUCCCUCGCUCGCUCAUCAGGGUUAUUUAAUAGCAGUGGUGAUGGUGGUGGUGGUGCUGGAUAAAUGAAAGGAUGUGAGAGGAUGUAUAUCUUGGGAAUGCGGGGUAGUGUGUCACGAGAGCAUGAUAUUAUCAAGGAUAGGUACUU